AUGACAUGUACAAUUGUACAAUUUUAUAUUACUAAAAAUAAUGGUGUCGGUCUGUUGGAGAUAAAAAGAAUACUAUAAGUUUUAGAAAUAUUAUUAAUACCUUCACAUUAACUAUAAUUAGUACAUAGCAAACAUAACAAAAUUACUAAUAUAUUACUAGAUAUUACUUCUUCACUUCUAAUUCUAAGCUUUCGCGAUACGUAUGUAGGUUUUGUGUUUUUAUUCUAUAUUCGUUGUUUAUUUUUACACAAAAAUGAAUCUAGAAGAUAAUGCUAUGGGUUUAACCACUGAACAAACUGACAAAAUACUGCAGUUUCAAGAUUUAACAGGUAUUGAAGAUAUGUCAAUAUGUAGAGAUGUAUUGCAAAGACAUCAGUGGGACUUAGAGGUAGCCAUACAAGAGCAGCUAAAUAUAAGAGAAGGCAGACCUUCUGUGUUUGCAACUGAGGCCCGGGCUCCACCAGUAGUCCAUGAUCAUAUAGCACAACAAGUGUUUACUGAUGACUCACCAGAAGGUCCUGGUGGGGUUACAGGCCUCUUCCGCUAUGUAGUCAAUCUAGUUGUAUCUGUGUGUUAUAGUACAAUAUCCUCUGUAUUGAACUUAUUGUUAAGUUUCAUAAGGAAUGAUGAUAGAAGAUUGGUAACAGAUCCACUUGGUGAUGUCAUGGGCUUUAUCAACAGUUACACCACUAGAUACAAUUCUCAUCCUGUCUUCUACCAAGGCACAUAUGCUCAGGCUCUUAAUGAUGCCAAAAAUGAACUUAGGUUCCUUAUUGUAUACCUACAUUCAGAGUCAGCAGCAGAGACACAAAACUUUUGCAGGAAUACACUGUCAGAUCAUGACGUGAUCAGCUUUAUAAACACACAUGCCCUCUUUUGGGGCUGUUCUGUGGACACAUCUGAGGGAUGGAGAGUUGCUCAAUCUGUGGGUGGGCGACGUUACCCAUUGUUAUGUCUAGUUUGUGUUCGCGAUCACAGGAUGACAGUUGUCGCUAGAAGCGAAGGCUCCUGUUCACCACAGCAACUUAUUAAUAGAUUACAGAGAAUUGUAUCUGAGAAUGAACCUUAUUUAAACGCGGCAAGGGCUGAUAGAGUGGAACGCGAAGUGACAGCACGUUUGCGUGCUUCCCAAGACGAAGCAUAUGCGGAGUCUUUGGCCGCUGACCAGGAGAAAGAGAGACGUCGGGCCGCCGAGAGGGAAGCCAGAGCCCAGAGGGAGCAGGACGACUUGAACAAGCGCCAGCAGGAGGAGAGGAGGAAGCAGGAGGUGAUAGAAGCCCGUGAAACAAUGGCUGCUCAACUUCCCGAAGAGCCCAAAGCAGGUCCUGAAGCUAUAGCCCUGCUCAUAAGACUGCCCACAGGCGAGAGGCUAACUCGACGAUUUCUAUUCGCUCACACCACUCAGGAUCUAUACGACUUCGUGUUCAGUCAUCCACAAUCGCCCGAAGAAUUUGAAAUAACAACUAAUUUUCCAAAGCGCGCCAUUUCUCGCGGUCCUUCAAAACUUAUUGACGUGGGCUUGAAAGAUCGUGACGUUCUAUUUGUUAACGAUGUCAAUGCAUAAACUACAGAUUUGUCUAUGCUCCCAUAGAUAUUUUAACUGUAAAUAAAUUCUUUUUCCUGCCUGUGUUAUCAUUUUUAAAAGUUUUACAUAUUUUAAUUUCGAAUCAAUCUAAAACAAUUUGAUUGGCGUAUAAAUUAUUCGUAGUUGUCUAAACAAAAUAGAGAGGUCAAAGAAUUUAUUUACUUUGGUUUCGCGUAUAUUGAUUUAUCAAAAUGUUAUUUUUUAUUAAGUUAAUAAAGUUACAUUGUUUGAAAUAAAACACUUUUAAUUUUUAAUUUUGCACUUACAUUGAAAUGAGACUUGUAUGCAUAAUAUAUGUAAAUAUGAAUAACAAAGAUAUUAAAACUAGGAUUUUAGUUUUUAUCGCAUAAUACUUUGGGGCUAAUUCUGAAUAGCGAGAGACUUCAGAAAAUAAAGACUUCUUUAUUUAUUAAGUUUUUAAUCUAUUGCUUUUCAAGUUAAGAACCUGUGUAAAAACCCCGCAAGUCUUGGGACAAUUGUCAAAAACUAGAUGAAGAAAAAUGUUUACAGUGUAUAAAACAAAUUCUCUAUUAAUUUCGAUUUCCACAAUGGGGUUGAAACUUAACUAUUCAUUCAAAAAUAUUCAUACUCUAUUUGAUAUUUUAUAUAGAUAUUUAUUUACAGGAAUUAAAUACUUUUCAGAAAUAGCUCCAUUUAUAUAAAAAAAAAUCAAAAUUUCUUUAUUCAUUCUUUAUUUAUGAAUCAAGAUUUUAAUUUUUCACUAAUUGUAUAUACAUCUGAAAAAGUAUAAAAGACAUAAAUUAUGCUUAGUAACCUAUUAUAUAUGUGUAUGUCAAUCUAUGUAAUCUGAGAUAUUGUAACAUGAUAUCCUACAUAACGCGUUUGUAGAACUAAUAUAUUUUAAGGCUUAAAUUGUCUCCUGUGCCUUUAUAAAUUGAGGGUUCGGAAUCCAGGACAGGGAUUUUAGGUCUAUUUAUAAGUACCGUUGUGAAUCACUAUCGCACUUCACGAAGAAAGUUUUAGUUUUUUUCUUUAAAAUGCGAACACUGUUUUCGUCUUUAAAAAACAGAAACAAUUACAGCAUAAUCUGUGUAUUACAUAUUGGCGUUGUCAUGAAAAAACAAGAUUUAAAAUUUGAGUUUCGAAGCCGAACUUGUGUUAAAUUUUAAUUAAUGGUAGAUGAUCUUAUUUGUAAGCAUAUUUGGAUGUGUAGAUUGUCAAUUAACUUCGUUAAAAAUCGAGGUUAUAACCUCGAAAAAAUCGUCGUGUAUUUAAAUGAUUUUCAAUCAGUUCCUUAUUCGUAUUAUUACUUUGCAUUUGUAAGUCUGGAAUUGUAAAAUAGGGCGAAAUUGGUACGUCAAAAUAUAAUUCAAUGUAAAAUACAUUAAAUUUGAAUAUUGUACAGUAGUUUGUAUAUAGUUGUACUCUAUUAAUGUAGAACUGACCUUUGGAUUAAUUGUGUCUUGUAAAUUGCGAGAAAGAAAAGUAAGCAUUAUUGGGCUAAAUCAUUACCCAAUUUAGUAAAGGCAAGCUACGGCUUAAAAUUAUAUUUUGUUUUCCCGGAAACGAACAAAGAACCCUGAAGAGAAGUGCUACUGCUCUAAUUUGUUGGGUUGUCGUGGAAAGUUAUUGAAUAAAUUUCCGUCAUUAGGCAAUGUGUCAUUUGUUUUUAAAAGAACGGUUUUAUUUAGUUUAGGCUAGAAUAUUGGAUAAAUGGUAUUUUAAUAGGUUUGUUGAGACAAAUUUUGUCGCAAAAUAUUUCCAUGAUUAUAUUUGUUUGUUAUGUUAAGAACUUGAGGUCGCGUAGCUCGGCAGAUUCACGGAAAUUGCAGUGGCGAAGUCAGACCAGUAAGGUUAAUCUUUAAUACAGAUACCGGCAAACAUGUUGAACAAAUGUCCUUGCCUGUGUACGAUGCGCAAGCUUUCCCCUUUAAUGCUCAAGAAGUUUGCCGGUAUCUGUACCUGUGUUGAUGGCACUCUUUAAAAAAGUGUGUCGCCUUAUCGAUAACGCUGAUGUCGCAAAAAUUAAAUUUAGUAUUUGAAAUAUGUGGCCUCAGGAAAAACUACUAACCGUACUCAGAGUCCUUGAUAAAAUUAUCUCUUAUGAGAACGGUGCAACUAAACUAAAAAUAUAUUUUUAUUAACUAUAUUAAGGUAUCUUUUAGCUGCUCUUGGAUCUUUAGUGAACAUAAUAACGCGCCAAUACAGGGCCCGGAUAGACUGUGGCGUGAAGCCGUUCAAAAUUAUAAGCUUGACAACUAAGAAAAAUCAUACUAGAUUAUCUCUUAGUUGACUCUGAGUUCGGUUAAUAGUGUAUAUUAAACAUGUAAAAGAUUUCGUUGCUUUAGCACAUUGUAGUGAGUCAAAUCAGUUUGUUUUUAUAGACAAUAUAACCUCGAUCCAUCAAUGUUCACAUGUAUAAAAAAAAUAAUGUGUAUUACAAAUUAAAAAUCAACAAUAAAGUAUUUAACAACCUUAUUCUAUAGAAAACGACUGAUUUGUUGCGACUAGAGUAUGCACAUGUUUUUUUAGGUGUAAAUUCUGUUUACAAUUUAUUAUAUAUUUAUUAAUAUAUUCACAUGUCGCUUUUUUAUAGAACAAAUAUUUUAUUACCUCGUAUUACGUAUGUCAAAACAAUUUUAAAAUAUGCCAAAACAAUACUGCAAGAUUAUAUUUAUAAAAAGUAAAAUUACCUGUCUGAAAAACUGCCUGUACCCUAAACGUCAGUUUCUAUUAUUUAUUGUUACAUUUUUAUCUGUGGUAACUAAAAUUUUAUUAAUUUGGUGCCACCCCAGUUUCUCGCGUUUGUAUUAAGAUAAGUAUUUUAAAAAUGUAUAACUAGAUGUUACAAAAUUCGUCAUUGUAUUAUGCAUUCAAUGUAAUUAUUCUUAGAAAAGUGAUUUAACUAUUAUACUCGUAUAUGAUAUAUUAAAUUGUAGAACAGAAUUAGCACGUUGCUUUUGCAUUUCCUUGCUUUAUAGUUUUAAAAGAAUCAGGAUUCUUGUGUGGUAUACGGUAGUAGGUACCAGUGGUGCUGAGGACUACAAGCAUUUAAUUGUAAAACUUUUGUUGUAAUAAAACGUUCCUUUGA